AUGUCUGAGUCAAAAUUUCAGGAAGUGUUGCUCAAGCAAGGGAUGCUCGCUGUAAAAGAUGUUACCACUAUGGUGUUGUGAAAGCUCAAUCUGCUACCUUUAAAAUCAGUUACCCUGGAAAAGCUGGAGAAAGUGCAGCGUGAAGCACAGGGCACUAUUUGACAGCAGGAAAAAGUUGCACAGCAGUGCUCAAAAUCUGUGUUCAUUCAAUAGUUCUUCAUGGAUAUUUCUUGCUACUGUAU